GUGACUCUUUUUCGCUACCACAAAGGAAACAUCUUGAGAUCUAAAGGGACUCAACGGAGGACAAAGAAGCAAGCUCCCCAGUUGGUAAGCCACCAGUUCUGGAUUGACAGUUUGGUGGACCACGUGGUUGUGACCAUCCAAGGUGCCGUGCAGUUCUUUGAAAUAUGGGACCCUACAGACAGAUUCCAAACUGAUGCCACAGCUCACGGUCCCUUAGCCAAGAUCCAGUCCAUCGGUGGAAUUUAUAGAGCAUUCCUUUCCACUCCUGUCCAUCCUGGUGAAUGGACUUUGAAACUCCAGUCCAAAGGGCAUUAUUCGGUGUACAUUCAAGGUCAGAGCACCCUCGAUUUCCUGUAUUAUUUUGCUGUUCCUGUUGAGGGACGUCACCCAGGGUUAUUCAUGCUGGAUAGUCCUCCUGUUGAAGGUUUGCCUACUUACCUGGUCAUAAUGGCAAUUGGUCUGAAUCAGACCAAGUUGGGCUCCGUUCAGCUACAGUCGGUGAACUUAGAAACGAAGACAGGCAACCUUGGGGAGUUGAAGCUACAGAGAGGAGACAGUCGGAUGGAUCUGUUGAUGGCUGAGCUGCCUCAAACACUGUCAACUACCAACAGCUUUUCCAUAGUGGUACGUGGAGUGGAUGGUGAAGGCCAGAAGUUGGAGAGAUCUGCUCCUCAAGUGGCAACCGUCACAGGAUCCCUCCUAGAGCUGAGCAGAGAGACUCCUGUGUUCCCAGGGAGAUGUGUUUCCAUCUCCUGGAAGGUGACAAAUCCUGGUGCAUCUAAAAAUUAUGGACUGAAAGUGAUUAGUCUUCCCCAGACUCCAGCUAACAUCUCUAAUGCCAGACUGCAAUUAGGCUUUAACCAAACAGGAACAGGACAGAUAUUCCUGAAUAUUUCUGAUUCUGCUCUACCUGGGUCAGUGAUUACAGUAACCUUGCAGGCCGACAAUCUUGACUCAUCUGCAGAUCCUGAUUUUGCCCAUAUUGAUCUUCUUGUGAUGCCUCAACCUUUGGUGGAGACCAUCUCAUCCCCAGUGUGCAAUGUCACAUCUUCAGAGAAUUCCUGUGGUCCACCACAGUCCCCUUGCCGCAGCCAACGUUGGACAGCCACCUUGCAAAUCUGGGACAAAGCCGGCAUCCGCUCCGUGCAGGUGGAAGAAGGCCCUGCGCUUCCUCACCGAGCACACGGGCUGGUGGAAUUAGUCACUUACACCUCAGACUGUUGCUUACAGCAGGCGGAACUGGUGGUCACCAACCUGCUUGGGGAGAAAUAUAGAUGCCAAGUGGCAGUAUUGCCCCCUGACCUUCCUGGCAAGACAGUAACCCUAACUCCAGAGGAUUUUAGGAUGGUGGCAGAUGUUGCCAGUGCUGCUAAUAGAGCUGUUGUUCCUCCUUACACAAUCUGGUGGUGGAUAUCAACAGUCUUCUUGGCCGUGUGUAGCUACGACCUUAAGGCCCCCAUUUAUCAUGUAUGGGAGGCUGCCCUCUGCUGGGAAAUGAUGGCAUUUCACCUUAUCAGAGAGUAAAGUUAAAAAGAGGGGAUGGGCUGAGCAGGAGAGCAAUAUCUGAACGUUGGUGCCUGUGAAAGGAAGGAAGGAAUUCCUCAAAGGAAUUGUUGGAUGUCGCACUGGGAUUCACAGUCAGUGUGCAGGAAGUCACUGAAGUCUUCCUACCUGAUUGGAAGAGCUGAGUUAGAGAGCAAGAAUCAUUCUCAUUAAUGGGCAGAGCAUCCAUGAACCCAACCUUGUGUUGAACCUAGCUGUUGAUCCAUGUGGUCAGGACUGUUAAUCUAUCAGGUGGCAAUUUUCCAAGAUAAGCUUGCUCUCUUGGAUGAUCUGGGCUCCUUGAUUUUUUUUUUUU